CGCGUUUUACAAACUCAGUUCGGCGUCAACAGCUGAGCAUAUCGUGCAGCACAUCGGCUAGACUUCUGGGAACAAUAGGCUUGUGCAAAACUCCUUUCCCUCACUCGCUCUUGCAUCUGUUUAUGUAUUUUUGUUUGUUCUCAGCAGUCGCGAUCGACGCCAAGCCGCGAACAAACAUUCCGCGUCAGUGCUUCAUCGCGUUCGGUACGAAAUCAAGCAACAUUCACGGCCAACCGGUCACCCAUUAUUAAGCGCGCAGUAAUAAACCAAUAAAGCUCACGAAACACAGCUUCUAUACUUUUUUGACGAUUUUUGUUUUGUUUGUGUGACGCGGUGACAGAGAAAAAGUGAUCACGCUAAGCGUGUAAUUGCGCCCUACAUUGCGUUAUCAUAGUUUGAAACAGUGAGGUGUGUGCGCAAUCGAGAGGAUGGCGGCAGCAGCAUUGAAGUUCGAUGAAAACAAAACUCCUUACAUCGAGCUGGGGAAUGAUUACGUCGUGCGGUUGGAGAACGACGAAUUCACCGAUGUCAAGUCCAAGGAGAAGGCAGUGCGUGAGCUGCGUGAGACUCCCGAUGUGACCGACAAAGCGUUCGAGACGCUGCGAGCAAUGCUGCAAGAGGAAAAAUCGAUGUAUGUACCAAUCGAAGAUGACUCAUUUUUGGUCAAAUUUUUGCGCCCAUGCAAAUAUUAUCCAGAUAGUGCGUUUGCCUUGAUGCAACGCUACUAUCGAUUUAAGCAAAAACAUCCCGAUCUAUGUGACAAUUUAUUCCCAUCAACAGUGAAACACGUGUACGCGGAAGGAUUGUUAUUCUUUCAACCGCUGCGGGACCAAAAUGGCUGUCGGAUACUCAUAAUGGAAGUUGGCAAGAAAUGGAAACCCUCCAAGGUCCCGCUGGUGGAUCUGUUUCGCGCGAUGCAGAUCGCACUGGAGGCGGGAAUGGAUGAACCGCGUACCCAACUGAACGGAGCGAUCGUUAUUUUGGACAUGGAGGGGCUGUCGCUUACGCAGAUCCUUCAGUUUACUCCCCGGUUCGCCGCUCUGGCCGUGGAAUGGGUCCAGGAGUGCACGGCGAUACGGCUGAAAGCGAUCCACGUCGUUAAUAACUCCUACCUGUUCAACAUGCUGUUUACUAUCUUCAAACCGUUCCUAUCGGACAAGCUGAGAAAAAGGAUUGUUUUCCACAAUAGAGAUUGGCAAUCGCUAACAUCCCACGUCGAUCCGGGAUGUUUGCGCCCGCGUUAUGGGGGUAAUCUGGACGCACCGGACUAUGAUGGUCGAUUAAUUGGUGAAUUGCUUACAUUGUACCAGAAGGAGUAUGAAAGUGCCAACUCUUACGGGUAUCCCAAAAAAUCUUAACAGAUUCUCUGAAUGUCUCUUCUCUCCAUAUCUGUAAGCUCUAACCUAAUGUGAUAAUUUUAAACGGGUUUUGGAAUCUUUAUCAGCUUUACACACCGUGAAAUUAUCGACACUCGAAACGUUAUUUUAUUACCAAUUAAUAUAAGUUCUAGUUCGAAGCGAAAUAAAAUUGCUCAACAAAUGA